AUGGUGGGGAAAAUCGUGGUUUCUUUGGUAUCAUUGUUUCUUGUGGUGGGUGUUGUAUUGGGAGUGGCGAUCGUUGUGCACAAAGGGUCAAAAGAUCAUGCAGGACAAAAUCCUAAAGUCCAAAUGAAGGCAUCGAUUGUGGAGUUCUGUAAACCUGCAGAAUUCGAAAUAGCUUGUUUUAAGAGCCUUGAUGCAGUGUCUAAGAACGAUAGUGCUACGAUGAAAGACUACCUGUUGGCUUCGUUGCAAGUGACAGGGGAUGAAAUAAAGAAAUCUUUAGCGGUUGUGGAGAAGGGUAAUCCUAUUGAUAAUAAAACGGAUCCGUACAAUCACAUGGCAGUAGAGGAUUGCAAAGAGCUGUUGCAAUAUGCUGUGGAGGAACUCCACGACUCCUACUCUAUGGUUGGGGAUACCGCAUUGCAUUCCCUUGGUGAUCGUGUGAGCGAACUAUUGAACUGGCUCGGUGCGGUCUACUCCUAUCAAAGCAUGUGUCUCGAUGGUAUAAUUGAUAAGCCUGAUUACAAACAAGUCUUAGAAAAUGGCAUGCGAAAUGCAACCCAACUCACACACAAUGCAAUUAACAUUGUAGCAAAGAUUUCAAACGUCCUCCAAGACGCUUUCAACAUCUCAAGCACCAUUCCAUCAACAUCUAGUCAUCGUCGCCUCCUUGCUAAUUACCCUACCUGGUUCCCUGUUGCCGACCGUAAGCUUUUAGCUGGAGGUGGACGACAUAGGGCAGCUCCUCAUGCAGUGGUCGCCAAGGAUGGCACUGGUCAGUACAACACCGUCGCUGCUGCGUUAGCUGCCUAUCCUAAAAACCAUAGAGGCAAAUACAUAGUGUAUGUUAAAGCUGGUAUCUAUGAGGAGCAAGUCAUCAUCUCCAAGAAGCAACCAAACGUCUUCAUCUAUGGCGAUGGAGCAGGGAAAACCAUUAUUACUGGACAUAGAAACUUUGGUAUCAUGAAAAUACCCACCCAAGACACUGCUACUUUUGCUGUUCUUGGCAAUGGGUUCGUUGCAAGGGGAAUUACCUUCCGCAACACUGCUGGUCCACAAGGUCACCAAGCUGUGGCUCUUCGAAUUAACGGUGAUAUGGCUGCUGUUUUUGACUGCAGCAUUGAAGGUUAUCAAGACACCUUGUACUAUCAAAACCAUCGCCAAUUUUACCGCAACUGUGUCAUCUCUGGUACGAUAGAUUUCAUAUUUGGAAGGGGGUCAGCAGUAAUCCAAAACAGUUUGAUCAUAGCGAGGAGACCUUUGGACAGCCAGUUCAACACCAUCACCGCUGAUGGCAAAGAAAUAGCAAACAAACCAGGUGGUUUGGUGUUCCAGAACUGCAGAAUCGUUCCAGAAAUGGAAUUGUUUGCAGAUAGGUUCAAGCUGGCAUCAUACUUGGGGCGUCCCUGGAAGCCUUAUGCAACCACUGUAUUCAUGGAGAGCGAAUUGGGUGAUUUCAUCCGCCCAGAAGGUUGGAUGAUAUGGCAAGGAGAAUCAUUCGAGCGGACAUGUAAUUACUACGAGUUUGCCAACCGCGGACCCGGUGCAAACAUCAAUAACAGGAACAAGAGCUUCAAGAACUUCCGUCUUAUUAACCCACUUGAAGCGGUUCAAUACACAGUCGACCGCUGGAUUAAUGGAUAUCUUUGGUUGAAGCACACUGGUGCACCUUUUUACCUUGGCCUUGGAGGAAGAUAA